AUGAGCGAGGAUCUGGACCAGCGGCCAGCAAAACGACAGCGCUUCUUUGCGGAAGAACCGUCUUGUCCGCAAACCCCCGACCGAAAGCCUCUUGACGCGUCCCUACCCCGUCACUGUCCUGUAGGCGACUCCGACGCGGAUGAUGAUUUGGACGAAGAAACGACAUUUACGCACGCCAACAGCCCCUCACGUCGAGUGCCAGUCACGCCGAUUAAAUCCCCGGUAAUCGCAAACACGGCAGAAAAUCAUACGAUAAAAGACGAGCCACCCGAAACUAUUGCCGAAUCUCCGGCCCAGAAUCCAGUUCUGGAUGGCUUCGAUGUCGAGUUAUUUACCAGCAUCGUGGGGGAGAAACUACCGGUUGAAUCUUUGAAGAUCAUUCAAUCCGCGUCCUCCAACAAUGUCGAGCAGGCUGUGAACAUCUAUUUUGACGGCUCGUGGAAGAAGCCCUCAAAGACCGUCGUAACAGCAAACGGCGGACCCAAAUCGAAGACGAUCAAAACGACCCUACCUCUUCAACAGAACCCCACCGGCGAUUCAUCUACAUCCCAAUCGGCAAACAACAACACACCAUUCGAACCGUCAUCUGUUCUACGCAAGCAACCCUCGAAGAGAUACAUCGGUGCAUUUGGAGUCGGCGGAUGGGCAACAAGGAGUGGACUGGCUCUUCUCAAGCAUGGCGAUCCUGUCAAUAUCGAACGUGCGAGGUCACAACCAGUCACUAAACGGGCUCGAAAUGGGAAAACGAUCGUCAAUCAGAAGAGCGACGUAUUGACCCGUUUUACAACAACCCAAGGACAAGAAGUUGGUCGACUUCCCCACGAAACGGCAGAAUGGGUCUCAACUCUGAUAGAUCAGAAGAUCUGCCACUUCGAGGGGGUGUGUGUUUACAUGCCGGAUAGAGUCCGUGUCAAUGAUACGAUCUACCUCCAACUCCGGUGUUACUUGCGAAAAGAGGCCUUUCAGCGUGGGCCUUUCGUCAGCUCCAGUGAUGACGACAAUCGGUCCAUGGGUCUGUUUGAAGAGAAAGAAAGCACCGAGGAGAAAAACCUUCGACUGCGACAAGUAGGCCUCGUCAAGCUUUUCCAUGAAAUCAACCUUUCGCCAACUUCAAUCAAUCCGACCACUGAACAGCACAAAAGAGAGGGGCUUCUUCAAGCUGCUGAGAUGGCAGAGAAGCUUGAUGGUGUCAAAAAAGAAAAAUCCAGAGCAAGCAAUAAAAAUGGUGAUGAAUCAUCCUCUGAGGAUGAAACGCAAGAAUUAGAGGAGGAUCAACUCGACAGUCUUUAUCGGAAGGCGCAGUCCUUCGAUUUCAAUAUGCCCGAGGCUCAACCUCCUCCCAGCUUUGCUCUAAACCUUCGCAAAUACCAAAAGCAAGCUCUACAUUGGAUGUUGGCGAAGGAAAGAGACAACCAGCAACAUCGCGAGCGCUCUAUGCACCCACUAUGGGAAGAGUACAACUGGCCCACCAAAGAUGUGGAUGAUAAAGACCUGCCCACAAUUGAAGGCAUCGAACAUUUCUACGUGAAUCCUUAUUCGGGUGACCUCAGUGUAGAUUUCCCUGCACAAGAACAACGUUGCCUGGGUGGGAUUCUCGCCGAUGAAAUGGGUCUCGGCAAAACCAUUGAGAUGCUCAGUCUAGUCCAUUCAAACAAGACCGAGCCUCGUACUGAGACGUCGAAUGGAAUCAGCUCCGUUAAUGACUUAGCUAGAGUCCCAAAUUCGACGACCAGUAUCGUGUCUGCGCCAUACACAACAUUGGUAGUCGCGCCCACGUCGUUGCUUGCCCAGUGGGAAAGUGAGGCAAUGAAAGCGUCUGCCGCUGGGACAAUGCGUGUGCUUACGUACUACGGCUCGGAUAAGGCUAUGAACCUCCGCGACAUCUGUUGCGAGUCGAAGCAGGCUUCCGCACCUCACAUCAUCGUCACUACUUACGGUGUUGUCCUAUCCGAGUUCCGCCAACUCAGCCUACAGUCUGCAAUCACUACCGGAGCGCAGAAUGGUCUGUUCUCGGUCGAUUUCUUCCGCAUUAUUCUUGACGAAGCCCAUUUGAUUAAGAAUCGUCGCUCGAAAUCUGCCCGGGCAUGUUACGAACUCCAGUCGCUCCAUAGAUGGGUCCUUACUGGUACGCCUAUUGUCAACCGCCUGGAGGAUCUAUUUAGCCUGGUACGAUUCUUGAAGGUGGAACCAUGGAGCAAUUUCUCUUUCUGGAAAACGUUCAUCACGGUUCCGUUUGAAUCCAAGGAAUAUGUUCGUGCUUUGAACGUGGUGCAGAGCGUUUUGGAGCCUCUUGUUCUCCGUCGGACGAAGACCAUGAAAACACCCGAGGGCGAGCUUUUAGUUCCCCUGCCCAAGCGAACCGUUACCAUCGAAGAAGUGGAGCUCUCACAACAGGAACGCGAGAUCUACGACUGUAUCUACACUCGUGCCAGACGGACGUAUAACGAGAAUGUCGCUGCUGGUACUCUUCUUUCGUCGUACUCGACAAUUUUCGCCCAGAUUCUUCGUCUUCGGCAAACCUGCUGUCACCCCAUUCUCACACGCAAGAAGGAGAUCGUUGCAGAUGAAGAAACUGUCGCCGCUGCACUUGAUGCGACAAGCGAGUUAAAGGAUGAUAUGGAUCUGCAGGAGUUGAUUAAUCAAUUCACAGCUUCCACCGAAAAUGCAGAGACCGAAAAUAGGUCUAUGAUAUUCACAGCGCAUGCUCUUCGACAAAUCCAGACCGAGUCCAGUGGUGAAUGCCCGAUCUGCUGCGAAGAUAUCAUGAUCGAGCCUGCUGUCACUGCUUGUUGGCAUAGCGCAUGCAAGAAAUGUCUCCAGGAUUUUGUUCGACAUCAAAUGAAUAACGGCGAACAAGCGCGUUGCUUCUCCUGUCGCGCGCCAAUCGAUGCAAAAGACAUCUUCGAAGUUAUUAAGCACCCAUCCACGCAUGCCACGCCCAUGGAAGAAUUCUCCUCGGACAAACCACUGCUUGGCAGCUCUCAGCCAGCUCCUCGCAUUUCUCUACGUCGCAUCAACCCGCUCUCUCCGUCGGCACACACAUCAGCCAAAAUUCACGCGCUGAUAAACCACCUUGGCCGAAUCCCACCCAACACGAAAUCAAUCGUCGUCUCCCAGUUCACAUCAUUCUUAGAUCUUAUCGGCGAUCAGCUUUCUCGUGUUGGCGUCUCGCAUCUCCGUUUAGACGGAUCAAUGCCUCAAAAGGCGCGCGCUGCUGUUCUGGCAGAGUUCACCAAGACUGAAACCUACGCCGACGAAAUAAUCGACACCGAGGAGGACACUCCUGCAGGGGGCGGACAAUCGACCAUAAAGGGAGCGCCGACUAAACCACUACCAACCGUCCUGUUACUCUCUCUCAAAGCUGGUGGAGUCGGUCUUAACUUGACCGCUGCUAGCAAUGUCUUCAUGAUGGAUCCCUGGUGGAGUUUUGCCAUUGAGGCACAAGCGAUUGACCGUGUGCAUCGCAUGGGCCAAAUGCGGGAUGUUUCAGUCACGCGAUUCGUCGUCAAGGACUCCAUCGAGGGCCGUAUACUCCGUGUCCAAGAGCGCAAGAUGAAUAUUGCCGGCACACUUGGAUUGCGUGUGGGGGGUGACGAGCCGGAAGAGGACAAGAAGGACAAACUGGCAGAUCUGAAGUUGCUCUUCGAGUAA